AUGUUUUUAAUAAUUAGAAAUUUUAAAUUUACAAAAAAUUUGCCCACUGGACUUGUUUUCGUAGCUACACAACAAAUUCAAGGACGAGGUCGUGGUAGCAAUUCUUGGAUUUCACCUCCUGGAUGUCUCCAAUUUUCUAUUAUUUUAAGACAUCCAUCAAAUUCGUCAUCGCCUGUUGUCUUUAUUCAAUAUCUCUUAUCAUUAGCUGUAGUUGAAGCUGUUAGAACAAAGAAAGGUUAUGAGGAUAUUCCUCUUCGAUUGAAAUGGCCAAAUGAUAUCUAUGUGGAAUCAUCCUCACCUAAUGAUGAAUCAGUUAAAUCACCUAAAAUUAUUAAAAUUGGUGGUGUAAUUGUUAAUUCACAAUAUACUCAAGAUGAAUUAGAUGAAUUCCUUUUAAUUGCGGGAUGUGGAGUUAACGUAAGCAAUUUAGCACCCACAACUGCUAUCAACCAUAUAAUAUCUUUAUAUAAUCAUGCUAAUAAUACUCAACUAGAGGAAUUUUCUCAAGAACAACUUUUAGCUGCUAUCCUUGUAAAAUUUGAAUCAUUUUACAGUGAUUUUUGUAGGAAUGGAUAUGGAUUUGAACCUUUUCUUGAUAUUUAUUAUGAAAGAUGGUUACAUACGUUUGUAUUGAUUUUUCACAUUCUAUAA